AUGGCUCCUCAGGGCUUUGCAUCACACACAUCAUCUGCGAGUGACUCUUCUCCAAGAAUCACUAGAUCCGCUUCAAAACGGUCUUCCUCCGUAUCAAAAUCCAUAUCGCCGCGUAACGGAGUCAUAAAUGUUGCCCUGAACGGUCAUGCCACCAUCAAUACCUCCCACACAAUCAUCAAACAUCAUCGAAGCCCAACAACAAGUGACUCGGAAAACGACCUUUUAGCAAGAGGACCCAAAUCUGCUCCUGUAUCUGGUCCUAGCUCUCCCACAAGGACAAAAUUGCCUAAAAAACAGCACUUCAAGCCGAGAUUAAGCAGGCUGGAUCGAGAAACGCUGGAAGCUGAAAACAACCCCAUGCGUGGGUUCUUUGUUCUAUUUUGGAUGUCAUGCUUCUUUUAUGGCACCACUACUAUGUGGAAGUCGUGGUCUGAGAAGGGUGUCCCUGUGGGAUUCCAAUUUGCCAGACUCAUAUCUAGAGAUGGAAUAGGAUUGGCAUUGUCCGAUUUCGCAAUGGUCUUGUCGUGCUUUACUGUCGUCGGAAUUCAGAAACUCAUAGUCACAUUUAAACUACCUCGUGGUGCUGGACUGCUAUUACAACAUAUAUGGGACUCAUUCUUUUUGGGAUUUGCUGUUAGCUGGGUGUUCUAUAAAGAUUGGCCUUGGGUUCAAUCCGGCUUCUUCGUCUUGCAUGCCAUCACAAUGCUCAUGAAAAUGCAUUCGUAUUUGGACUAUAAUCGAGAAUUGGCAUACAAGACCAGCCUCGUCGAGAAGCUCUCCCAAGAACACGAUACCCUGACAGGAGACUCCAAAAAGAGGUUGGAAGGAGUCGAUGUCUCAACGCGUCUAGAGCAGAUUCAACGACAACUUGGAGAAUUGGAUUUUGAAUUGAGUAAAGGUGCUACAUACCCUCAUAAUGUCACUGUAGCCAACUUUGUGGAUUAUAUGUUGAUUCCUACUUUGGUGUAUGAACUGGAGUAUCCACGAACUUUGAGGGUUCGACCACUCUAUGUCCUGGAGAAGAGUCUAGCUACUCUCGGUACCUUCUCGCUUCUAUACAUUACCGUGGAACACUAUGUAAACCCAGUAUUGGAUCGAAUGCCAUAUUUAUCGCUUUCAGAUACACUCAUUCAACUGCUGUUACCAUUCAUGGUCUGUUACCUGUUAAUAUUCUACAUCAUCUUUGAAUGCAUAUGCAACGCAUUUGCAGAGUUGACUCAAUUCGCUGAUCGUGAUUUCUAUCAAGACUGGUGGAAUUCGACCACAUUUGAUGAAUUUGCUAGGAAAUGGAAUCAUCCUGUCCAUGAAUUCCUCCUCCGUCAUGUCUACCUGGAGUCAAUCCAAACAUACAAGCUAUCCAAAAACUCUGCUACCUUCCUCACCUUCUUGAUGUCAUCUUGUCUUCAUGAAUUGGUGUUGGUGGUAGUUGGCAAACGGAUUCGAAUGUAUCUGUUUGUCUUGCAGAUGCUACAAAUCCCAUUGAUUUAUAUUGGACGUAUACCGGCUAUUCGACGACAGAAAUUACUUGGGAAUAUCUUGUUCUGGGUGUCAAUGUUUUUGGGUGAGUAA